AGCUAUUUUGUGAAAUCAUUACCUGUAUUGAGUAAACACACGUAAUGGUCCUGUGAUUUCUUGCAUGUAUCUUUCAUGUUUUAUAAACGUAAUCCGGUUGUAAAAGCACAGCUAGGUGUGAUAUGUUACUGGAUUAACGCAAAGACCGUAGGGCGGUGCAAACAUGGAAGGUGAGCAGGAAGUUAUUCCGGGAAGUUCUAAGGAUGCCCAUCCCGAAAAGUUUGAUAUCAGGGCGAUGCCAGAACAACCCAAACAGAAGAAACCGGGCCAACUUCCCGAGGAAAUGAUACGGCAGUUUUUCGACGACGGCUAUGUUAUCGUGGACAACUUCUUCGACAGAAAGGACCUGGAUGCCUGCAGAGAGGCGGUCAAUGAGCUGGUGGAGCAAAUGGUGCAAAAACUGCACACGGCAGGAAAAAUCAGAGAUACAUAUAGCGAACAUGGCUUGUUUGAACGCUUGACUAAAAUAGAAUCAGAGUUUCCUGGGGCCAAUAUCCUUCUCCACAAAUUUGGAAGACUUCCAGAUGCAUUUAAGAAAUUGUGGACAAACGAGCGUUUGCUUAACGUGGUGGAGCAGUUGAUUGGUCCAAAUAUUGCCGGCCAUCCCGUCUGGAACCUUCGGACCAAGACACCUCAAAACGAGGCUACUACCGUGCCCUGGCAUCAAGACGUCGGUUACCUUGAUAACAACUCUUACACAGUCUUGCAGCCCACCGCAUGGAUACCUUUGUUGGACGCCGAUGAAUAUAACGGCUGUAUGGAGGUGAUGUCGCGAGGUCACCGUACAGGCAGGGUGGCCACGCACCAGUGUUGCCAUGGAGGCACGUGGUACGUGAUGCUGGAGGAGGAGGAGAUUCGGAGAACAUUGGAGGUCGACACUGAGAAAAACCGUGUUUUGUGCCGUGUACCUUACGGCGGGAUGUUGCUGAUUAACAAUUUGAUUCCACAUAGAAGCCUCCCAAACAUGUCUAACGUGAUUCGCUGGAGCCUGGACCUUCGCUGGCAGGAUCCCGCCCUUCCCAACGGUUUCUACAACAUGAAGGAGAGCGUGCUGAUGAGGACUGCCGACGAUCCGCACUACGUGGUCGACUGGGACAAGUUUGAUUUCGUCGAUAGGCAUGCGGAGCAAAAGAAAUUGGUCGAGGAUAUGAAAGAUUUGACACCGGUGGCUGAGGAUGACGCCUUCGAUACCACAAUUCAAGGUCCGUGGAUGAAGAAAUGGGAAAUCGUGCACGUGAAUCGUCACGUGGAAAAGUUCGACAUGAGCAAGGAUCUACUUACAUGGCACGGGCACCAAGUGAAGGCUUAAAAUACCAGACUUAAUUUCAACAUUGUGUGUAGACUGUUACGUAUUGAAAUAUAAUAAUGUGUUUGUAUUCAUUAUUGAUGGUAAUUCAGUCUUUAAACGACAUAUAUGAUUUUAAAAAAUGUAAACAUAAGCACCGCAAAGAAAUCUAGACAUGCAUCAACCAGUGAAUGUUAUUCAUGCAUAAUCGUGUUGUUAUUUUAUUUAUGGAAAAUAAAAAGUUUAAGAAAUA